ACCCAAUAAGGGCACGUGCUACUUCCUCCUUAACAACUUACCGUCAUGGGCAAAUCCCAGUCAAAGCUCACCCCGGAACAGCUCCAAGAUCUUCAGAAAAAUACCUACUUCGACAAGAAGGAACUCCAGCAAUGGUACAAGGGUUUUCGCAAGGACUGCCCCUCAGGCCAGCUAGACAAGUCAGAGUUCAGCCGCAUAUACAAACAAUUUUUCCCCUUUGGCGACCCAGCAGAGUUCGCCGACUAUGUCUUCAACGUCUUCGACGAAAACAAGAACGGUACCAUCGAUUUCAAAGAGUUUAUAUGCGCCCUCAGCGUCACCAGCCGUGGUAGACUAGACGAAAAGCUCAAAUGGGCUUUUCAGCUCUACGACCUUGAUAAAGAUGGCUUCAUAACAUACGACGAAAUGCUCCAAAUCGUCCAAUCCAUAUACAAAAUGACUGGGGAGAUGGUCAAGCUCCCUUCUGACGAAGACACGCCAGAGAAGCGUGUCGACAAGAUCUUCCGUAAUAUGGACAGGGACAAGGAUGCAAAGUUGACCUAUGACGAGUUUGUCGAGGGUAGCAAGCAGGAUCCUACCAUCGUGCAGGCAUUAUCACUGUACGAUGGUUUGGUUUGAUAUAUUUGGGUCUUGUGAGUACCUUAGCACAAGUCUCCAAACUUCCCUUACUACCAUCUAGCUGUAUUUUUCUUCAUGUUUGUUGUGGACCUGAAGUCUUAUCUAUAUCACUUAUGCAAACGCGAAUGUAGCUGUAUCCUAACAAACCUCGAUUUCGAAUCUAUAGAGUCUGUCCAAUAC